GCGGCUGUAUUGUGGGCAUGCGCAGUAGAGUGGCUACAGUGCUAGCAGCUGAGUUGUGUGUGCAGUUAUUUAAAGACAUUUAAAAUGGCUAGUUGUUGUUGGGCAGAAAACAUACUCCAGCUCCUCCGUAAAAUGAAUAACUUUUAUUUACCAGGUUCGUGUCGUUCAAGCUGCUUUCGUUUUGAGAUUGAAGGAGCCCAGGUCGGCUGGAUACCUCCUCACGUAGCUUCGCUUUUAGCACGCUAUCCAGACGUGUUCAGUCCGCCACACCAGGGUGCAGUGACCCUCUGCCACGGCCUGGACUCGUACGAAAAGAGAUCCGAGGCUGUGAGUCAUGUACUGCAAGCUCUCAGAAAGGAGCCCUCUUUAACCUGCCUUAAAGGAUGGAGAGAUGAGAAAUACAGUGUAAUGCCCAGAUUUUCAGACUGCCCUUUGAUGUGGAUGGAAAGAACAGCUACAAGUCUCUUUGGGGUGAAGCGGUAUGGAGUUCAUAUCAAUGGCUACACUGUCAGUGACAGUCAGGAGGUUUGUAUGUGGUUGGCACGGCGCUCCCACACCAAGCAGACGUACCCUGGGCUCCUGGAUAACAUGGCAGCAGGUGGGCUGGCUGCUGGUGUUGGCAUCAAACACACUCUGGUCAAAGAGUGUCAGGAGGAAGCCUGUGUUCCAGCAGCCAUAGCUAAGAAGGCUCGUCCAGUUGCAACAGUAAG